CAAGGCUUCCUGAGCCGGAAGCUAAAAAGCUCUAUCAAACGUACAAAGUCACAACCCAAACUUGACCGGACCAGCAGCUUUCGCCAGAUCCUGCCUCGAUUCCGAAGUGCUGACCAUGACCGGGCCCGGCUGAUGCAGAGCUUUAAGGAGUCCCACUCCCACGAGUCUUUGUUGAGUCCCAGCAGUGCUGCUGAGGCCUUGGAGCUCAACUUAGAUGAAGACUCCAUCAUCAAGCCGGUGCACAGCUCCAUCCUGGGCCAGGAGUUCUGCUUUGAGGUGACAACAUCAUCUGGGACAAAGUGUUUUGCCUGUCGGUCUGCAGCCGAAAGGGACAAAUGGAUUGAGAAUCUACAGCGGGCUGUAAAACCCAACAAGGACAAUAGCCGCCGGGUAGACAACGUGCUGAAACUAUGGAUCAUAGAGGCUCGAGAGCUGCCCCCCAAGAAGCGGUAUUACUGCGAGCUGUGCCUGGACGACAUGCUGUAUGCACGGACCACCUCCAAGCCCCGCUCAGCUUCAGGAGACACUGUCUUCUGGGGCGAGCACUUUGAAUUUAACAACCUGCCAGCUGUUAGGGCCCUGCGGCUGCAUCUAUACCGUGACUCGGACAAAAAGCGAAAGAAGGACAAGGCGGGCUAUGUUGGCCUGGUGACUGUACCGGUGGCCACCCUGGCUGGGCGCCACUUUACAGAGCAAUGGUACCCUGUGACCUUGCCAACAGGCAGUGGAGGCUCUGGGGGUAUGGGCUCCGGAGGAGGAGGGGGUUCAGGGGGUGGCUCUGGGGGCAAAGGGAAAGGUGGUUGCCCUGCCGUGAGGCUGAAAGCCCGUUACCAGACAAUGAGCAUCCUACCCAUGGAGCUGUAUAAGGAGUUUGCAGAGUAUGUAACCAACCAUUAUCGGAUGCUGUGUGCAGUGCUGGAGCCUGCCCUGAAUGUGAAGGGCAAGGAGGAGGUUGCCAGUGCUCUGGUUCACAUACUACAGAGUACAGGCAAGGCCAAGGACUUCCUUUCAGACAUGGCCAUGUCUGAGGUAGACCGGUUUAUGGAACGGGAACACCUCAUAUUCCGAGAGAACACGCUCGCCACUAAAGCCAUAGAAGAGUAUAUGAGACUGAUUGGUCAGAAAUACCUCAAGGAUGCCAUUGGGGAGUUCAUCCGUGCUCUGUACGAGUCGGAGGAGAACUGUGAAGUAGACCCCAUCAAGUGCACAGCGUCCAGUCUGGCCGAGCACCAGGCCAACCUGCGGAUGUGCUGUGAGUUGGCCCUGUGCAAGGUGGUCAACUCGCAUUGCGUGUUCCCGAGGGAGCUGAAGGAGGUGUUUGCGUCUUGGCGGUUGCGCUGCGCAGAGCGGGGCCGGGAGGACAUUGCCGACAGGCUCAUCAGCGCCUCGCUCUUCCUGCGCUUUCUCUGCCCGGCCAUCAUGUCGCCCAGUCUGUUUGGGCUGAUGCAGGAGUACCCAGAUGAGCAGACCUCACGAACCCUCACCCUCAUCGCCAAGGUCAUCCAGAACCUGGCCAACUUUUCCAAGUUUACCUCAAAGGAGGACUUCCUAGGCUUCAUGAAUGAGUUUCUGGAGCUGGAGUGGGGUUCCAUGCAGCAGUUCUUGUACGAGAUAUCCAACCUGGACACACUGACCAACAGCAGCAGUUUUGAGGGCUACAUAGACUUGGGCCGCGAGCUCUCCACACUUCACGCCCUGCUCUGGGAGGUGCUGCCACAGCUCAGCAAGGAAGCCCUCCUGAAGCUGGGCCCACUGCCCCGGCUCCUCAAUGAUAUCAGCACAGCCCUGAGGAACCCUAACAUCCAAAGGCAGCCGAGCCGCCAGAGUGAACGGACUCGGCCUCAGCCCGUGGUGCUGCGAGGGCCAUCAGCCGAGAUGCAGGGCUACAUGAUGCGGGACCUCAAUAGCUCCAUCGACCUUCAGUCGUUCAUGGCUCGAGGCCUCAACAGCUCUCUGGACAUGGCUCGCCUCCCCUCCCCAACCAAGGAAAAGCCACCGCCACCACCACCCGGUGGGGGUAAAGACCUGUUCUAUGUGAGUCGGCCGCCGCUGGCCAGGUCAUCCCCAGCAUAUUGCACAAGCAGCUCGGACAUCACAGAGCCAGAGCAGAAGAUGCUGAGUGUCAACAAGAGCGUGUCCAUGCUGGACCUGCAGGGUGACGGGCCUGGGGGCCGCCUUAACAGCAGUAGUGUUUCCAACCUGGCAGCUGUCGGGGACCUGUUGCACUCAAGCCAGGCCUCACUGACAGCAGCCUUGGGGCUGCGGCCUGCACCUGCCGGGCGCCUCUCCCAAGGGAGUGGCUCUUCCAUCACAGCAGCUGGCAUGCGCCUCAGCCAGAUGGGUGUCACCACGGACGGUGUCCCUGCCCAGCAACUGCGCAUUCCCCUUUCCUUCCAGAACCCUCUCUUCCACAUGGCUGCUGAUGGGCCAGGGCCCCCAGGAGGCCACGGAGGGGGCAGUGGUCACGGCCCACCUUCUUCACAUCACCACCACCACCACCAUCACCACCA